AUGAAUAAAUAUUAGCUUAGUUUCAAAGAUAAAGAGAUAGAGCAAAUGUAUUAGACUAAGUAGCAUAAUGAAUUAAGAAUAUUAACUCUUAAUAUUAUUUCAAUAGGUCUCUUUGUUAAUUAUUUUGUCAUCUCCUUGAAUUCUGUGAUAAUGAAUAGAUUUGACUUUCUAUUGUGGAAAUUAAUAAUGAUGGCUUACAUGUUGGUCCAAUACUAUACAGUGAAUAAAUAUCCUAAACUAUUAAGAUUGGCAUUUAUUCUUACAAAUCAUCUGAAUAGUGUUUUAUAUAUAUUUGCAUCAGAUGAUCAAUAUACCCAUGAAUUUGAUAUCAUAAAAGGUGCAAAUUAAAUGGGAAUGGAAAUUAUAAUAGUAUUAUCAGGUGAAUUUAUAGAUGCAGUUUUCUCAAUUUUAAGUUUAAAUCUCAUAAGAGUCAUCUAUGGUAUUGUACAUAGUGAUAUAUAAUUUUAUGUACCUCAUGUCACUACUGUAAUACUCAUUAUUUAUUUUGUAUAUUUCUUCUACAAAUUUCAUUAUGCUAGGAGAUCCUAAUUUUUAUUAACUCUAAUAGACUCAUAAUGGGAUAAUAUUUUAGCCAACUUAAUAUAGAAACAGUCUUAUGUAAUUUUUACAUUUGAAGAAGACUAAUUACACUACUCAAUUAAAUAAAUCAAUAAUUGUGGUCAAUUCUUCUUUUAAAAUUAAGACGUUUUUUCAUUUUUAAGGGAAUCUAAUUACAAAGGAAAAACAGUAGAGUCAAUUAUUUUGUAGGAUAUUAAAUUAUUUCAAAUCAAUCAUUAAAAAAGAAUGAAUAUUGAUCUCAUAUGUUAAUUUCAUAAAGAAAUAUUUCAUAUCUAAUAUUCAAUAUAUUCAGGAUAGAAUCCAACAAUUUUAAUUAUUUUCAAAUAACAUAGUAUGUAAAAAAGAAAGAAUAAAUUAAUCAAUUUUGACUAAACAUACAAUCAUUUUGUAACAUUAUUUCUUAAGGUCUUAAAUAAUGUCACUCCAAUCUAACCAAAGUAUUAGGAGUAUGUACAAAUUAAAAGAUAAUUAUUUGUCUUUAAAUUAUUAAAUUUUAUUCAAGAAAGAUAAUUCAAUUAAAAAUUAGUCAAUUUAAGUUAAAAUUUGGCAAGUAUGGCAUCAUUAUUUCCUGAAAAGAAAAUAUUUUAUGAAAAUAUUGAAAGUUCUCAUUAAAUUAAAACAAUAUCAAAUAUUUUAUUUUUUUUCUAAAUGAUAGUUUUGGAAAAUUCUAUUGGUAGAGGAGUCAAAAUCCAAUAUAAACUUUAAGAGUAAAUUUAUACUCUUAUUUUUUUGGGUAAUUUCAAUUUUAAUAGACUUAAAUUUGUUGUCUCAAAAUUAUAAUACCCUUUAAAAAUGAUAUUUUAUAAAUUCAAUAUUACAGCUUAAAGUAAGUAUUAUUAUUAAUUUAGAAAUUACUGCAGAAUUUCAUUAAGAACCAUUAAUACCAUUUACAAGAUUACAUGUUAAUAAAUAUCAUUGUAAUUGA